AUGGGCUUGAAAGAGCGUAUGGUGACCCUGACUCGGUCGCGCUCCGGGGUCACUCAGGAUACCGCAGAGGCCUCUGGUGUGCAGGCUAAGGAGGAGUUGCAGAACUUUCGAAAGCAGCACAAGUGGGAUCCUUUCCUCGACAAUGAGAAGCUUGAUACCAUCGAAAGUGCUCUCCACUCUGACAAUGCCGAGAAGGCUUUGGCCGUUGAUGAAGCUCUCAUCCAAGAGGACUCUCCGUACCCGGAGGUUCGCUCUUCGGUUCCACCUACCGAUGACCCCGACAUGCCUUGUAAUACCAUACGAGCUUGGUUCUUGGGGGCUGUCCUCUGUACCAUCAUCGCUGCUUGUAAUGUUCUCCUGUCGCUUCGUCGCCAGUCAGCAUCGAUUUCCUCGACUGUUGUCCAGCUGAUUGCUUAUCCCAUGGGUGUUGGUCUCGCCAAAGUCCUUCCCACUACGGUGUACAAGGUUUUCGGUCACGAAUUCACUUUGAAUCCUGGUCCCUUCAACGUCAAAGAGCACACCAUCAUCACAAUGAUGACUGCUGCCGGCUCUUCCAUCAGCUAUGCCAUUGAUAUUCUCCUUGCUCAGGAAGUCUUUUACGAUCAACACUUCAAGUGGGGAUUCCAGCUACUCCUUAUGGUUUCCACCCAGGCAAUGGGCUUUGGUGUUGCCGGCAUCGCUCGCCGCUUUCUCGUGUGGCCAUCAGCCAUGGUGUGGCCAGCAAACUUGGUUACCUGCACCGUGAUGCAUGCUUUACACAAUCACGUACCGGCUGACCCGUCGGUGACUAAUGGCUGGAAGAUUGGCCGUUACAAGUUCUUCCUCAUCGUCUCGCUGGCCUGCUUUGCUUGGACUUGGAUUCCCCAGGUUCUCGCUCAGUUCCUGCAGUACUUUGCCUUUGCCUGCUGGAUUGCUCCCAAUAACGUUGUUGUCAACCAGGUCUUUGGCGCGUUUACUGGACUCGGAAUAAUCCCUAUUACCUUCGAUUGGCUCACUGUUUCGUCAUGGUUGGGCAGUCCCUUACAAACUCCUACUUUUGCUAUUCUCAAUGUUGCCUUUGGCCUUUUCAUUUGUGUGGUUGGAGCCGCGGGUCUUGCCUGGGCUGGCCCAGACUACUACAGAUAUCUCCCCAUUGCCGCAAACAAGAACUUCGACCGUUACGCCGACAAGUACAAUACCAGCCGAAUUCUGAACCCAGACUUCACCGUGAAUGAAACAGCUUACCAGGAGUAUUCACCUAUUCUCCUCGGUGCGACCUUCUCCCUCUCCUACGGCAUGGGCUUCGCAGGCUUAAUCUCAACCAUCAUGCAUGUCAUCGUUUUCUACGGUGGUGACGUUUGGAACCGCAUCAAGAAUUCUAAAUACGACGAACCUGAUAUCCAUCUGAAGCUUAUGAGAAAGUACAAGGAAGCCCCAGAGUGGUGGUUUGCAGCCAUCUUUGCUGUUUCCUUUGCUUUCGGCAUGAUUGCCUCUCAGGUCUGGGAGACGCAUCUGCCAUGGUGGGCAUACAUUGUUUGCAUCCUCAUCGGCGCUGUCUUAUUUAUUCCCAUCGGUAUGGUGCAAGCCAUUACGAAUCAACAGACUGGUCUCAACAUCGUCACAGAGAUGAUUUUCGGCUAUAUGUUGCCAGGUCGUCCCGUUGCCAUGAUGCUCUUUAAAUCCUGGGGUUACAUGUUAUCCGCCAACGGUCUCAACUACAUCUCCGAUAUGAAGAUCGGUCACUAUAUGAAGGUCCCUCCCCGUAGCAUGUUCGCUGCCCAAGCCUUUGCAGUCAUUUGGCUCGCCAUUGUGCAAACCUGCGCGUACAAUUUCUUGAUUGGAAACAUCAAGGGAAUUUGUACCGAAGACCAAUCUCAGGGCCUGACUUGCCCCAACGCACGCACCUUUUACAACGCAAGUGUCAUCUGGGGUGUUAUUGGACCCAAGCGUGUCUUCGGCCACGGCGGUAUCUACUCCUGGAUCAACUGGUUCUGGCUCAUUGGCGCCGCCCUGCCCGUUAUCCAGUACUAUGUCGCUCGCCGAUAUCCUCGCAGCUUCGCUCGUUUCAUCGUCUGGCCAGCCGUGUUUGGUGCAAGCGGUCUCGUUCCCCCUGCCACCCUCUAUUUCCUUACUCCCUGGGUUAUUGUCGGUCUCAUCUUCAACUGGUACAUCCGAAGCCGGUACUUUGGCUGGUGGACUCAGUACAACUAUGUCCUCUCUGGCGCGCUUGAUAUUGGUUCGCGUAUCUGCGUUGUUAUCAUUGCCCUUGCGCUUGGUUUGGGCAACGUCGCUGACCUGAACUGGUGGGGGAACACGGUGCCUUUUGACAAUUUGGACUUUGCGGGCAAGGCUGUGACCAAGAAGUUUCACAAGAACGUAACUGAGCCUCUUGGGCCGUCUACUUGGUAG